AUGCAGUUCCGGCAAUCUUCUCAUUCUGCUGAACCUCGGCCUUUGAAGGAAAAAAGGAAAUUUACAGGGAAAUCACGUAUGCCAGGAAAAAAGCUGAAAGUUCAAUCUACACCGACCGCUGUAGCCAAUGCAGGUGUAAGCAUCAAGGAAGUGGCCUCAUCAGUAUCUGAAUUAAUUUUACCCGAGUUAAAGCAGGCGAUCCAAACCAUUAUUACUCAGAGACAAGACAGCGUCCUUUCAUCCUCAAGGAACGAACCAGAAACAUCAGAAAAAUCUGGACCUUCAAGCAGCGUAUCGACCGCAAAUCCCGAUGUAGAACAACGGAUAGAUGUUUUAAUCAAUCCAAAACAGCCUGUUCCAAAUGAAGGUCAAGAAAAAAGUAUAUGGAUAGUUGGUUCAUCCAUUAUCAAGCGGGCAUUCCAACGAGCUAGCCUCUCAACUGAAAAAUCACAUCUGGGACUUAGACGUCUAAAUUAUCACAUCCUUUGGCAGGGCAAGGGUGGUCCAACUUGGAAAAAAUUGUUCCCUCGCAUUCAGUUACUAAGGAGGUAUGAAUCAUUGCCUGAAAUUUUAAUAAUUCACUGUGGGGGUAAUGAUAUUGGUAAUGUGCCUUUACUCGAACUUCGAUUGAGGAUGAAAGAAACAUUUCAAAGGAUUCGGUCUGAGCUUCCAAACACCCUCCUUGGUUGGUCUCAUAUUCUUCCAAGAUUUUCAUGGCGUUACAGCAAAAAUGUUAAGUCUCAAAAGAUUGCAGUCAAAAGAAUUAACAGUUUUAUGAGCAAAUUGUUCGUUGUGAACAAUGGUUUCUAUAUCAGCUAUCCCGAGAUAUCUUGGGAUUCUAGCGGAUUGUUUGUUAACGAUGGAGUUCAUCUAUCUGAACUUGGCAAUGACUUACUAUUAUACAAUUUACAAAGUAAGCUGCAACAAGUCUGCUCUUUCAAUGGCGAACGUAGGACACGGUCGAUGUAUGCGUCGCUCAUUCUCCAAUUUUAUUGGCGUUGGUUGUUCUCACAUUUGAUUGAACAACCAUGUGGCGAUAUUUCGCGACGGUUUUGGCUUUUAUAG